GGUUAUUUCCCAGGUGGCUGUCUGUUGUUUGUCAGCUGGACUCCCACAGUGGCCCGAGUCCCAACACCUGAAUGACUUCACAGACGAGAGAGAGUCCCUGGGGGUCAGGCUGUGUCCCUGCUGGGCCCGAGGGGUGACCACACAAACCCGAUUCUAGGCACUGACUAGUGCCUACAAAUUCACAUCCCGCAUAGCCUCAGAACGGGGCCUUAUGUGGAAAUAGGGUGUUUGCCGAUGUGAGUAAGUGAAGGAUCUGAGAUGAGCCCAUCCUGGGUCAGGGUGGCCCUGACUCCAAUGGCAGGUGUCCUUGUAGGAGACAGAAGGGGAGACACAGACACAGAGAAGCCACGUGAAGGCAGAGGCAGAGAUGAGGAGGACGGGCCCACCAGCCCAGGGACGCCUGGAGCCCCAGAAGCUGGAAGAGGCAGGAAGGACCGUCUGCUGGAGCCUCUGGAGGGACUUUGGUCCUGCCCCUUUGGAUCUCAGUGGUCCUGCCCUGCCUGGAUAUCAGACUUCUGGCCGCCAGAGCUGGGAUACAAUUAAUUUUUGUUCUUUGAAGCCUCCCACUUUGUAAGGGAGCCACAAAAAACUCAUAUAGCCAAUACAUAAUAAUUGCAGACAAAUGCAAACGUAUGUCCCUGUACAACAUGCGAACGUUCGCACCCAGUAAACGUGCCCCUUUCUUCUUCAAGAGUUUCUGGAAAACCUUCACGGACGUCAGUGCGGACGGACAUGGGGGUGUUUCUCCAGGGAGUCACGACACCAUGACGUACUGCUUGGACAAGAAGUUGCCCAUUGCACAGAGCCAGUCCUGGCUGCUGCAGCUGCUGGGCAAGGUCCUUCCCUGCAUCACACGCCCCAUCAUGCUCAAGUGGUCCACCACCCAGGUGCUGGGUGUCACGGAGCAGCUGGACGCCGGGGUGCGGUACCUGGACCUGCGGGUCGCGCACGUGCCGGAGGGUUUGGAGAAGAACCUGCACUUCGUGCACAUGGUGUACACGACUGCGCUGGUGGAGGACACCCUCAAGGAGAUCUCAGAGUGGCUGGAGAGCCACCCCCAGGAGGUGGUCAUCCUGGCCUGCAGGGACUUCAAUGGCCUGACGGACAACCUGCAUGAGUACCUAGUGGCCUGUAUCAACAACAUCUUUGGGGACAUGAUGUGUCCCCGAGGGGAGGUGCCGACAUUGAACCAGCUGUGGACACGCGGCCAGCAGGUCAUUCUGUCCUACGAGGAGGCGAGUGUCGUGAGCCGGCACAGGGAGCUGUGGCCUGGGAUCCCCUACUGGUGGGGGGACCAGGUGAAACCCCAGGAGCUCAUCCACUACCUGGAGCACAUGAAGAGGUGUGGCCGCCCAGCCUCUCCAGGCCAGAAGCCAAGCCAAGUACUUCCGUCAGACCUGCCUGCUGUACCUGUAGAAUGGGGCCAACUCCUCGUCACGAGGUCCCCAAAUAUCCUGAGGUUCCUGCACCUGCCAGGAAGUGACCUGUACUCGCCUGGUGAGGCUGCUGGGAGCUCUGUGAGCAGGUACCUGGCCAACGUUUCCAAGGGGCUUGAUGGCUCCGUGUUUCAUAAAGUCAACCUUAGUUCCUUAGAGCUGUCUGGUCAUAUGUGAGUCUACACAGGUCACUCGCAAAUAGGACAUUCCGGUCAAAGCCUUGGUAAAAUAACCAAUGGUCCCAAUGGCGUCCUGUGACAAGAACGGGUUCUUAUCGAACUUAUGUAAAUGAUUCUAAUUGCCAGGAAAGAAAGAAGACUCAUUGAGGGCUUGUGAAUUUCAGAGGGUUCAGGGAGAGAGAAAAGUUAGAAGCUUUAGUCUGUUCACAAAUUAAAACUUUAUCAUAUUCCUGUAACUCAUAGAUCUCUCAAGAGAAAGUUUCCUUAAUCUGGAAAAGCAAACAUUUUUGGUUAGUUGUGGGAAUUUUUACCAAUUUCAGUUUUAGGAUUUUACCCAUGUCAAAAACCUGUAUUUGUCAAAAGCCUUUUUACGAAUUCCCUUGCAGAUAAACCCAUUGUCACAAGAGAAUAAUGAUAAAUGAGGAAAGACUCAGAAAUGGACACGGUUAAAGAUCUGGUGAGAGAUUACAACGUAGCUGGCAGGGAAAUUCGGCUAUUUCUGUGACACAGAACACGUCAGUAAUCAGAAUAUCAAGCGAUGGCCUCAUAACAAAACGUUAAAACUUUAGGAAUUUUGGGGCGCCUAGGUGGCUAAGUCAUUUCGGUCGGAUGAGUGUCAACUCUUGAUUUCGACCCUCCCCUGCUCAAGCUCGAUGGUGCAAAAAGAAAAUAAACUUAAAAAAAAAAAAAACACUUUAGGAAUUGCAUAGUCUCCAGAAUAGUUCUAGCAUUUGCCCUAAGACCUAUUAUUUGUUUAAUGAUGCUUCCUGAGUCACCUAAUGUACCAAAGAAGCAAAUCUAAUUGGUCAAAAAGACUUUAUUUACAAUUUAAAUCUUGGGGAAGUUUGUUUAAAAAGACUUAAAGAAGUUACAAAGCACACGCCUUAAUAGGAUUACCUGCCAUCACAAAGUUAUUUAUUUAAUCAAGGAGGCAAUAAAAGAUUCCAAAGGCAAGUGUGUAGGGUUAUACAGUUAUUAGCAAAACUUAGCUCUUUUAACACUGAGAUUUAAGUAAUCAAAGACCUGAUAAACAGAAAAUGUAGAAACUGGCUUUCUUAGCAGGUAACACAGAAAAAAAAAAAACCUUUGUUUACAUGUUCUUAUCAAAAGCAGGCUAACAAUAAAAAAAAACGUCCUUUUUUAUAACAGAGAAAUCAGAAUUUCAAACUUAUACCAGUGUACUUUUAAAAUCCACUCAUGGGGCACUGGGGUGGCUCAGUUGGUUGAGAAUCCAACUCUUGGUUCCAACUCAGGUCAUGAUCUCACAGUUUGUGAGUUUGAGCCCCACAUCGGGCUCUGCGCUGACAGUGUGGAGCGUCUCUCUUUCUCUCUCUCAAAAUAGAUAAACAUAAAAAAAUCCAUUCAUUUCAACUUUAGUCCUGACCACAUACAAAAUUCCUUUCCAAAGAUUUCCCUUCAUAAACCUUCUACACCUUUUUUUUCAUCCAGUGUUGUUUCCCUUAUUUCCAUCAAGGUUAAUUACAUUUAGCAGCAU